CACCUUCUACCUGUAAUUUGAUUAUAAAAUUUGUGGUUUUUAAUAAUUUUUCAUAAUAAGUAAGUACUUUUUUUGUCUCAGGUGGAGAUGCUACUGAAUACUGAUAGUUAUAGUAUAAUCAGAAUACGGGAAAAGAAAUUUUUAUCGGUUUAUAUGAUUUCCACGUACCUAUUAACGGCAUUGGUACCGACGCACAAGCGACAGUUGCGAAUGCUUUCACUCAGCGUAUAGCCUGAAAUAGCACGGCUCAGAGAAUCAGGAUUUUCCUGUCCGACGGUUUUCGUACGGAUGUCUUAAAAGGUUUGAAUUCUGAACGUGUGAAACUGAAUGGGAUGACAGUGGACAACUGGAUCUACUCAAGGCAUGCAGUGUUCUUAAAUCUGGAUGACUGGAUCCCGCGAUACGAGCGCGAGAGCCGAACCCCCGUUUUUUUAGAUAAGUAUGACCGGAGCGUAGCAAUCGAAUAUGCCCAGCCUAAGAAUGCCUGCAAAUGGCGUAACAAUUCCGGUUAUAGCCCCUAGUGGAAAGCCCAGUGCGGAACCAUUAAGGUGCUUGCCCCUACGUGCAACGCCGUUUCAUCAAGAGUUGCUAUCGGAAUACGAAAGGUCUUUUCGGCCAUUUGAGACAUAUCGAUUUGUGAACGGCACUUGGGUGCCGCGGCGUUCGGUGAAAACCGAAAAUGAAUGGUUGCACGAGUUGCAGGAUACUCGUCGAAGAGCUUUAGAAAACAAAGCGAAGCUGCGUGGUGAUCACUUCUCACGGGAGCAUCUUCUGCAGAUACCGUCUCGAGCCAAUGCGUUCUGGGAACCGGCUGAAAUUCUGCGCGUUUUACCAGAUGAUGGAGUUAUACCUUCGUUAGCUUACAGAAAACAUGGUGGCGAUGAUCCUCGGAAUGCAGUCCAUCCCUCUACGGUUGUGGUUGCUGACAGCAACGAUCGUCGACCUAAUUCGGCUUCAGUGGCUGUGCAAACAAACAGUCCUUUGUUAACCGCCAAAAGUAUUUCUCAAUCCACCCAAACCCUCUCAGACAAGGAUCUUAACCCGGUUAUGUUGACUGUCGCACCCACGCUUAAUGAUGACCAAAAUGAUGCUGAUGAAGAGGUGCCAAAAGCUGGGCCUCUCUUGGACAGCAGUCGUUUAGAUAUUUUGCGAAAAGCGAAAUAUGUGGAUGCGAAGGAUAAUAUUUUAUUCAGCGCAACUUUGCCGAGAAGUUUUUCGCUCAGAUCGGGUUUAAACCGUUCUCUCGAUGGGGAGGGCAUGCGUCGUUCAACCUCCAGUGUGACCGGACUGAAUAAUCGGCCAAGGAGUUCCCUGAGUGAUAAAAGUGUCAAUUCCGUGAAUAAACACAGCAAUACGUACAGACUUGCCGGUGCUGGGUCGAAUGUCGCAGAGGAAGCCCGCUCAACGAAUGUUCCCGCAAUUACAACCACGGAGCGGCGGCCGAGGCCACAGUCGACGAAAUCCAGAAGACCGGAAGCGGCAAAGGACGAAAUGCGACUGCAAGAGAGCGGAAGUGGCAGCAAUUUGCAGCAAGUAAAACGAGCAGGACACGUACUGCCGGUUAGUGCCUUCACAAUCUCGCCGCCCAAGCGUGAAACGAUUAGAUAUGGUGAAGGUCGUGCGAGUAAUACCGGGAAAAAAAACGAAACGACUAGAGCACCUUUGGCGUGGGACAUUGCUCCUCCGUCUAGUCAGGACAACCGUCCCUGGAAGUUGGGUGCCGCUCGUUCGAAGUCUGCCGGAUUGCGGCGCACAAAUAAUCUCCGUCGAAAAGAAGGUGGCUUGGCUUGGGUUGAUUUGUGAUCUCUCUGGACAUUUCUAUGUCAUUGGAUCUCAUCCUUACCUGUUUUUUACCUUAAUUUCCGUAUGUCCGUUUUUGUUAGAGUGAUCCAGAAACUUUUUUGUUGUGUUUUCUUGUUUUCUUUUCGGCGUAAGAUCUGAAUUUUUAGAUGAAUUUUAUCAUUUCAUUACCAGAAGACGUUAAUGCGUUAAUGUUAGAUCAACAGAAGUGUGACCCUAGUGCCAUACUUCCGAUCGAGUUUCGGUAAACAGUUCUUGCCGAUGUGAAUAAAAUCGUGAGUU